AAAAAUGACAGACAAUCGGUAAUUUUCCUUUUCGCUGGUAUUGUAAAAAAAUAGUCCGUGUGUGUUUGAGAAAAUUUUAAUAAAAAUUUAAUAAUUACUGAAAUAUAACAAAAUAUUUAAAUAAAAAAUGAAAUAAAUAUUAGUUUGUGUGGUAUAAAUAAAAGAAUGUGUUAAAAUAAACCAACAAAAAAUCCUUGUAUCCCUACUAAAUGAUUUUAUUUGUUCCCAGUGUUCAGUCGAAAAGAAAAUACAAAAUAUUUAAUAUUAGGGAUACGGAAAUGUAAAUGAAUAUUGAAAAUAUAAAAAAGCAAUACUACAAACAAAGCAAAAAUAAUCUUACAAAACAACAUGGGUACAAGCUGGUACUUGAUUAACAAUAUGUGAAGAGUAUUCUGUAAUAAAUGUGUCAACAUUAAAAAUAUGUGUUUGGAAUGGAAAGGGCCAAUUACAACAAGAACAAAAGCAGCAUAUUGAAAAGCAACUGUAUUGGUCAUGAUGCGUUAUUCGGAAAUAUCGAGAGAAUUAUCAAAUGAUAAUUUACGUUAUGUUGAAUUUGGCAGUGGCGGUGGUAGUCAGCAAGAUGAUUGUCCCUUGAAUGUUACCAGGGAAGCUUCACCUAUGAGUGAUAUUUCAACGGGUAGUGGUCCUUUGGUAAAUCAAUCGCCGGCCUCAUCAUGUAGACGUCACCAUCAUCAACGCUUGCGUUCUAAACAGCGUUACGAUGAUGAUCAUUACGAUAAUAUAUCGUUGGGUAAUAAAAAUAAUUUCAGUGGAUUUUAUGCGGGUCUACGCAAUUCGAAACGUUUCUCUAGCGGCGGCAGUAAUGGCAGUGUUAAUGGCACCGCUAAUGGGGCGGCAACUAUAGCAUAUGUGCGACAGCGUAAAGACAGCGUACAAUCCACACAAAGUUUUCAAUUUGAAGCGGAAUCACCGCACAAACAGAAUAUUAGUAAAUCUUUAAAUAUAAAAGGAACGAGACGUAAAAAUUCCAUUGGUUGCCUAAAUGCCUUCUCCUCUUCACCGGAUUCGCCCAGUAACUACUACGGGGUUGGCUCCGGACCUCCUUCUUUAAAAUCCAAUAGCUUGCCCGGUCAUGCUUCUAGCAAGACUUCCUUAGAUUCUACUAUUUUAAGUGCUUUACGUAUACCCGCCGAUGAAUUAGCCAAUCAAUUGACCCUAUUGGACUUUCCUAUCUUUGCUGCCAUACAACCGGAUGAAUUGACCAGCUGUGCUUGGAAAAAAGAUAAACACGUUAUUACACCGAAUAUUGUUGCAUUUACAAAGCGUUUUAAUCACACCAGUUUUUGGAUUGUUCAGGAGAUCCUUAGUGGCGAACAGCCAAAGCAAAGGGCCGAGAUAUUGGCGCAUUUUAUAAAGGUUGCCAAAAAACUACACGAACUUAAUAAUCUACACUCUCUGUUUGCCAUUAUAUCGGCCAUGCAAAGUGCCAGCAUUUAUCGUCUGAAGAAAACUUGGACUUGUCUAGCGAAAAAGGAUAAACAAAGCUACGAACGUCUGAGUGAUAUUUUCAGCGAUCAAAAUAAUUGGGAAAAUUUGCGAGCCUAUUUGGAAAGUUUACGUUUACCUUGUAUACCCUAUUUGGGUUUAUUUCUCACCGAUCUAAUAUACAUCGAUUUGGCUUAUCCACAGAAAGAUGGUAUUGAACCAGAAUCUCGACGUAUACGUAUGAAUAAUAUUUUAAGAGUUAUAGCCAAUUAUCAGGAAUCGAAUUAUAAGCAAAUACAACCGGUAGAGGCAACACAAAAGUAUUUAACCUCCAUUAGGUAUAUAGAAGAAUUGCAAAAUAUAUUUGAGGAGGAACAAUACAAGAAAUCCUUAAAAUUAGAACCCAUUUCACCGUUGGUUCCCAGCUCUUCUUCUUGCAGUUCAAAGGAGUCAUUUAAUGUGGAUGCUGUUACACCGGCCUUGGCCUGUUUGAAUUUAUCUCCCGCCAAAACUUCAGCCUCAGUACGUUUACCAAAUUCAUCGGCUGUUAAAUUUAUACCCGGUCAUCGUAAAUGUCGCAGUCUGGGCACUAACAUUUUCGGUAAGACAAAUAUUGCCAAUGAUGCUGUAGCAGGGCAAAAUGGUGCCUGCUAUGAUGCCCAUUAUCAUGAUCACAGUGCUUUAAGUCAACAGUUGCAGCAACGGCAUCUACUAGAUGAUUCUGUAUUGGAACAGCCACAAUGUGGCAGCGGUACUCCCAAUGGCAGUAUACACAUUAAUUUAAGCGAUAAUAAUGAGGUUAUAGCAUGUCACUUGCAUGAUGUUAAUAACCUCCAUAUACCCACAGAUGAGACAAACUCUUUGCAGGGUUGUGUCAGACGUAAAACGGUACAGAAAGAAGGACGUAAACCAGCGGUAGCGUCUUGGCAACGUUAUUGGUUGCAAAUAUGGGCCAAUUCUUUAGUGUACUUUCCACCCAAAUCAUUUAAGGGCAGUGAACGUAAUGACUUUAAGCGAGAACCCUGUAAGGUGUGUCCCCUAGAGGGUUGGUUUGCUCAAGUCAUUGACAAUCCGAAACAUAAGAAUACCUUUGAAUUGUAUCAUCGUACCUUGGGUACCAUAUACAAGUUUCGUACCGAUAGUCCUCAAACCACACAACUGUGGUGUAGUACUAUUUGUAAAUUGGCCCUACAACAGAAUCGUACACCGAAAACUUUGCCCAUUAAUUUAAUGUCUUUUGAAUAGAAUUUUAAAGGAUCCUAUUUCAAACAAGUACUUUAAAGUAAGGGAAAUUAUAACCGGCCAAGGUAUAAUAAUUUGUUGUUUUCUUUCUUUUUUGAUUAGAUAUUAAAUAUUAAACAAGUAGGCUUUAGUAGGCUAAUUAUUAUAGCAAAUAAUUUAUGUGUCUUAAUUCUGUUUGAUUUUUUUUUUAUACAACUUUUUUAUAGCUUAUGCCAAAAAUAUAAUCAAAACAAUAAAACUCACAAGAACAAUAUAAACAUUUCAUCACUUCACUCAUUAGAUAACAAACUCUUAAAAGCAACUUAUAAAAUACUCUUUAAACAAACACUUACUCUAGUUUACUCAACAAGAAAACCAAACAACAACAACUAUUAAUUUCUAAGACUGACAAUAAUUAAACGAAUUCUUUAAUAUUAAAUUUAAAUAAAAAGAAAACCUAAACUUAAUAUUAUUAAUAUGUAAUAACAAUAAUUAUAAUGAAUGUUGUGUAAUCUAUGGUGUAUUUUCCUUAAUAUUUGUACUCAAAAGUCUAAAGUCUUUUGAAUUAACUGUAAUGCAAGUAAAUCAACGAAUUUUUGUUUUGUAACUAUAACUAUUAACUGAAAAAAAAAGAAAUAUUUAUAGAAAUUAAAACAAAACAUUUCAAUUUAAGGCAUUUCCCUUAUAACACAGCUUCAUUAUUUUAUACAAAUUUCUUUAAAUUUAUAUUUUUUUCUUUCACCUUUUGUACCACCAUUAUUACAAAUACAAAAACAAAAACUAAUUUACUUGUUAUUUAAGUUUUAGUUUCUUAUAGCGAUAAAUUAACUAUUAAAACAUUUAUAAAUUUAUAUAUAUUUUUUUACUUCAUUUUAAAGUUUAAGCUAAAUUAUUUGUUAUACGAGCAAAAUCACUCACUUUUAUACUCACUACUAAAAGUUUUUUUCACUCACGCUUUCACUCACGUUAAAAACAAACGAAAAAGAUCAAAACUUUAUGUAUAUUGUUUAUUAUUAAGUUUACACUCCUAGAAAAUAUUAGAAACAAAAAAGAAAAAAA